AUGAAAAUUCAGAAAAUUCUAAUUCAGGUUUUUGACAGAAGUGAUUUGAUUCUGACGGGAGUUGGAGUUUUUGACAGAAUUUUGAAUUUGGCUGGAUUUGACAAGUACGAAAUGGGUUAUCGCCUUAUCGCAAAGGUGUUUGAGGUUGGCACAGUUGCAGCCCAGUUAAGCCUCUACUUUUUCAUCUUUCCAACAGAAAUACUUUUUUGCUAAACAAUAUAUUACCUCUUUGCCCUCCGGACCCAUUUAUGCGUGUGGAACCAAAACAUGAAGAGUUGAACCGGGUUCAUCAAAAUGCGCUUCAUUGGACUGAUGUUUACUGGGUUUUUUUGCAUAUCUUAGAACAAAAAUACUAAAAUAGGCCAAUGUAUUUUCAUUUUAAUGUUUAGCUUUAUGUAAUUUGGAUCCUUUUAUCAGCAAAGGACAAUGUCCUUUAUUUUUAUUAUUUUAAGCAUCAAAAUUGUAAAAGGGCGAAUUGCAGAGAAUAGCAACAUAUUUAACUGUGGCUACCAAUUAAGACAAUCUACUAUACAU